AUUGUCCCUUGCCUGACCUCGCUGUCGAUCUACCGUCCAGAUCUUAUCCUAUCUCUCGAUCUUAUCAACACGAGCUCUCUCACAAUGGCUGAAGUAUCCGCAGCUCGUUACGGCAAGGACAAUGUUCGCGUCUACAAGGUGCACAAGGAUGAGAAGACCGGCGUGCAGACCGUGGUCGAGAUGACCGUCUGCGUGUUGCUGGAGGGCGACAUCGAGACUUCCUACACCAAAGCCGACAACAGCGUCAUCGUCGCCACCGACUCCAUCAAAAACACCAUCUUCAUCCUCGCCAAACAAAACCCCGUCACGCCGCCGGAGCUCUUCGGCUCCAUCCUGGGCUCCCACUUCAUCACCAAGUACAACCACAUCCACGUCGCCCACGUCAACAUCGUCACCCACCGCUGGACCCGGCUGACCGUCGAUGGCAAGCCGCACCCGCACUCGUUCGUGCGCGACAGCGAGGAGAAGCGCACCGUGCAGGUCGACGUGACCGAGGGCCGCGGCAUCGCCAUCACCUCGGGCCUGUCCAAGCUGACCGUGCUCAAGAGCACCGCCUCGCAGUUCUGGGGCUUCCUGCGGGACGAGUACACCACCCUCAAGGAGACCUGGGACCGCAUCCUCAGCACCGACGUCGAUGCCACCUGGUCCUGGAAGCCCUUCGCCUCGCUGGACGAGGUCCGCGACGUCGUCCCCAAGUUCGACGCCACCUGGGAGCGCGCGCGCGAGGUCACCCUGAAGAUCUUCGCCGAGGAUAACAGCGCCAGCGUGCAGAACACCAUGUACAAGAUGGGCGAGCAGAUCCUGGCCUAUCAGCCGCUGCUGGAGACGGUGGACUAUUCCCUGCCGAAUAAGCAUUACUUUGAGAUUAAUCUGGAAUGGCAUAAGGGCCUGCAGAACACCGGCAAGAACGCCGAGGUGUUUGCGCCCCAGACUGAUCCCAACGGUCUGAUCAAGUGUACCGUGGGACGGUCGUCGGUGAAGCCCAAGCUGUAGAAUCCCCUAGACAUGCAUGACGGAUAAAGAAUAAUUGUGUCGGUUUCGGGAGUUUUCGACGGUCAACUGUAAAUAGUGUGGGAUAUGAUAUAAAGGCAUACAUGACAAGCAUUUUCAUUUUAUUUUUCUGUUUCUUCUUGUCCGAGUUCCCUCAUUG